AUGAAGACGGUAUACUCUGAACAGAGCGUCCGGGUGCCCGACGGAGUGACUGUCUCCGUUCGAAGCAGGGAAGUUACAGUGAAGGGGCCCCGAGGAGAGUUGAAGAGGACUUUUCGUCACCUGCCUUUGGUGCUGCACACCACAAAAGAUGCAAAGCAUGUGAAGGUGGCAACAUGGCAGGGUAGGAAGUCAGACAUUGCCUGCCUGCGUACUGUCUGCUCACACUUGAACAACAUGUUUACGGGGGUGACUAAGCAGUUUGAGUACAAGAUGCGUUUCGUGUAUUCUCACUUCCCCAUAAACCUCAACAUCAUUGACGGCGGCAAAGUCGUCGAAAUCCGGAAUUUCUUGGGUGAGAAACGUGUGCGAAUCGUCAAGCUUCUCCCCGGCGUCGUUUGUGAAAAGAGCACGAGCGUCAAGGAUGAGAUUGCCCUGAAAGGAACAGACCUCGAGCUUGUGUCGCGUUCAGCUGCACUCAUCCAUCAGGCCACGCUGGUACGUCGUAAGGAUAUUCGGAAGUUUUUGGACGGCAUCUAUGUUUCCGAGAAGGGGACUCUUGAGAAGUCGGACUGA